GAGGCGGUCACCACAGAGGCCGAGCCGGACGGGUAAGGCCGGGCUGUCUCCGCCGGCCGUCCCGUGCCCGCCGGUAACGGGAGCGGCUCCUCCUCGAGGUAGGGGCGCUGGGCUGCAGCUGUGGGCCCGGCGCCUUCCUCCGGCCGCAGCUCGAAGUGCUGCGUGAGACGGGCCGGGGGCUGCCGGCGGGAGCCGCCCGCAAGGUGACCCCCGGGCCGCGCGCGUUACUCUGCCCGUUUGAAACCUGACGGAAGGCGUUCCGAGCGGUACAUCUCCGCGCCGUUUGUCUCCCCGCAGAGCACCAUGCUGCGCCUGCCUGCCCUCCGCAGGGCCCUUUCCGCGGCCGCUCCGGCCUCCGCGCUACGCGGCCGCACGACUGCCACGGCAGCCAGCAACCAGAUAGAGGUGUUUGUGGACGGCCAGCCCGUGCUGGUGGACCCCGGAACCACAGUGCUGCAGGCCUGUGAGAAGGCUGGCAUUCAGAUACCACGGUUUUGUUACCAUGACCGUCUCUCUGUUGCUGGAAACUGUAGGAUGUGUCUUGUGGAAAUAGAGAAAGCUCCAAAGCCAGUAGCUGCUUGUGCCAUGCCAGUUAUGAAGGGCUGGAACAUUCUGACAAACUCUGAGAAGUCCAGGAAAGCAAGAGAGGGUGUAAUGGAGUUCCUGCUGGCAAAUCACCCACUGGACUGUCCUAUCUGUGAUCAGGGUGGAGAAUGUGACCUACAGGAUCAAUCAAUGAUGUUUGGCAGUGAUAGGAGUAGAUUUAGAGAGGGAAAACGCGCUGUUGAGGACAAGAACAUUGGCCCAUUGGUCAAAACAAUCAUGACUCGGUGUAUACAGUGCACUCGGUGUAUCAGAUUUGCUAGUGAGGUUGCAGGCGUAGAUGACUUGGGAACGACUGGAAGAGGAAAUGACAUGCAAGUUGGUACCUACGUUGAAAAAAUGUUCAUGUCUGAGUUAUCAGGAAAUAUUAUUGACAUCUGCCCUGUUGGUGCACUUACCUCCAAGCCAUAUGCCUUUACUGCUCGCCCCUGGGAGACAAGGAAGGUGGAGUCCAUUGAUGUCCUUGAUGCAGUUGGAAGCAACAUUGUAGUGAGCACAAGGACUGGGGAAGUGAUGAGAAUUUUGCCAAGGCUGCAUGAAGAUAUCAAUGAGGAAUGGAUAUCUGACAAAACAAGGUUUGCCUAUGAUGGUCUGAAGCGUCAGAGGCUUACUCAGCCCAUGAUCAAAAAUGAGAAAGGACUCUUUGUUUAUGCUUCAUGGGAGGAUGUGUUAUCUCGUGUUGCUGGUGUGCUAAAGGCUGUCCAAGGUAAGGAUGUAGCAGCAAUUGUAGGAGGACUGGUGGAUGCAGAGGCACUAAUAGCUCUAAAAGACUUACUGAAUAGAGUAAAUUGCGAUACGCUCUGCACAGAAGAGAUCUUCCCUACUAUUGGAGCUGGCACAGACUUACGCUCUAACUACCUGCUUAAUACCAAGAUUGCUGGAGUGGAGGAGGCAGAUGUCCUGCUUCUGGUUGGCACCAAUCCACGCUUUGAGGCACCACUUUUUAAUGCUAGAAUUCGAAAGAGCUGGCUUCACAAUGACUUGCAUGUGGCCCUUGUUGGCUCUGCUGUGAAUUUGACCUACACAUACGAUCAUCUGGGAGAAUCCCCACAGAUACUCCAGGACAUUGCUUCUGGGAAACACGCAUUCUGCAAGGUCCUCGACCAAGCUAAAAAGCCAAUGGUGGUGGUAGGAAGUGCAGCACUGCAGCGCAACGAUGGAGCAGCUAUCCAUGCUGCAGUUUCCACCAUUGCACAAAAUGCCAGGACUAAGAGUGGUGUUGGUUCUGAUUGGAAAGUUAUGAACAUCCUUCACAGGGUUGCAAGCCAGGUAGCUGCUUUGGAUCUGGGUUUCAAACCAGGAGUGGAGGCAAUUAGGAAAAAUCCUCCCAAAGUGUUGUAUCUCCUGGGAGCAGAUUCUGGUUGUAUAACGCGUCAGGAUUUGCCAAAGGAUUGCUUUAUCAUCUAUCAAGGACAUCAUGGGGAUGUGGGAGCUCCCAUGGCUGAUGUUAUUCUCCCAGGAGCAGCAUAUACAGAGAAGGCAGCAACAUAUGUGAAUACUGAGGGUAGGGCCCAGCAGACAAGAGUAGCAGUGACACCUCCUGGGAUGGCAAGGGAAGACUGGAAAAUCAUUAGAGCUAUCUCUGAGGUGGCUGAUUUGACCCUGCCUUAUGAGAACCUUGAUGAAAUACGGAAGCGUUUAGAAGAGGUAUCUCCUAAUCUCGUCCGAUAUGAUGAUGUGGAGGAGGCGAACUACUUCAAGCAGGCAAACGAAUUAUCAAAGUUAGUAAAGCAGCAGCUUCUUGCUGAUCCUCUUGUUCCACCUCAGCUCACAAUAAAAGACUUCUAUAUGACAGAUUCCAUCAGUAGAGCAUCCCAGACAAUGGCCAAGUGUGUGAAAGCUGUUGUUGAAGGUGCUCAUGCAGUGGAAGAGCCGGCCAGCUGCUAGUUACUGAGCAAACUGCUCCCACCUCCAUCCAAGUAUUUGUUGCAGUUAAUAGCUGUGACCAAUACCUUCUUUAUUUGUUUUUUUUUCUCCAGAAUCUAAUUGCUAGGCAGUGGCAUUUCUUUUUACAUCCACAUUUUCAUCAGUUCACAUGGUCCCAUAAUAUAGGACUGCUGUGGCUGGAGAGAAUAUACAGCAUUCAACUUGCUGUACCUAGAGGCUGCAUACAUGAUGAUUGUAUACAAAUAAAUUAUAAUAUUAAACAAGCCAUUACCCAUGUAAUUUAUAAAGCUCAUGCUUCUUGUAUGAAAACUCAGUAAGCAACUCAGCCUCAGGAGAAGUUUUGAUUUGCCAAGGACAGUUCUUCGUAGCCUAAACACUGGAUUGUAACCUCACAGAGCAUCUAGAUAUUUUAAACACUGAGGAGGAUGUGAACGCUCGAUUUUUGUCUUGCACUUCCAGAGUAAGUUCCCUCUUUUCAGUCAAACGUACCUGGUUUGUGUCAGUGCUCACCUACCACUGCUCUAGAUAUUUGGAUGUUUCUCUGUUUUGUUGGCAGUUGAGAAAAGUACUCAAGGGAAGAAAUCUUUUUAUGCUGUGAAAAAGAGAAAGCAAUUUUCACAUCGCUUUGAAAUGUUAAACUUUUUAAAACUUAGCAAAAGAUAAAAGGCCUUCAGCUGCACCACAGCAAGAAAAAUCUAUAGUUCCUCUGUGCACUGAUCUUUUUAUAGCAAAGUGAAAGAGGAGACCAUGGGGUUUCAUUUUAAAGCUUUGCAAUGACUUCAGAACAGUGAGUAUCUGCUUGGUGUUACAGAAUGUUGGAUAGCAUGUUUAGAAGAAGGCUAGCUACCCCAGCAAUGAGGUACUAGAGUAGUAGGAGGGUGUAGAGGAAUCCUUCCAGGAACCAUGCAGACUGAAGCACUGUUACAAGGUCAUCACUUCCAACCUCUUUCAGUUUUUCACAAGGAAAACCUAUGUUUUCCAGCGUAGAAUAAAACUGAGUUCAUGUGAGUGCUGGUCUAGAAUUCUUAACUCUCUAAAAACUUCCAUCUUUGACAUUUUUCAAUAACAAUCAAGGAGCAUUUUAAAAGUUCUUUUCUUUUUGCCAAGGAGGAAGUCUCUUCCUGGUUUCCUCAGCUUAGCCCAGUCUGCCUUACCCUAACCAACCAACUCUUAACCACUGGAUGUUGCUCAACCCAGCCUGCCAUUUCCCAGGGUCAGUUCUCUUGGUGGUACAAAGUAACUAUUCACUCCAUGCAAAGAUACUGUGCACACUAAGGAAACAGCUGGAAGUACUGUAGUCUAUUCUUAACGUGGCAGUUAACAGGUAUGUCCAUAUGUGUGACCAAGCACAGCAUAAAACCUCCCUCUGUCCUUGUGGAGUGUGACUUCUUUAGGGGGGAAAAAGGAGGUUGUGGCAGGAACAGCAAAAGAAGAAUGUGUAUAACAACGUAUGCCAAAAGCAAGACAGCUGCUUCUUUCCACAAGUGGUAGGUUCAAAAGGAAAAGGUUUCACUGAAUCCUGUAUUCAGUAAAAUAAUGGGUUUUUAUGUUCCUUGGAUUAAUUCCUUUUUUUCCCCCUGAAAAUCCAUAUUGUACAUAAGUCAUUUCUUCAUUUCACAAUUGAUAAAGGCUCAAAAUGUACAGCUUUUUGUUUUCUUAAAUAACAGCGUUUAACUCUGGGAGCACAGGCACAUCAUUAUUACUUUUGAAAGUGCUGCAUCCUUCAAUUAGUGUGUGUGUAUAUAGGAAAUACUUCUUGAAUAGAAGUACCCAGCCCUUAUUUUAAGAAGGGUAAUUAGAAGUGUCCUGUUUCUGCCCUCUCCCCCUGCCCCUUAACUAGUCACUAAGUAGGGAACUUUUUAGACAAACUUCAUAAUAGCAGUAAGGCUCUAUGAAUUUUGACUAUUAGAAACUAGGUAAUAAAGAAAUCUAAAUGGGCAUGCUUAUCAACUGAGUUCAUACUGUAGUCCAUACAGCUUUUGUUUGCUGUGCUGGCUAGGCAGACUGUAGGUGUGUGGACUUCUGUUCAGGUAUGGAUAAAAAGAUAAGUAGGGGUCCAACACAGAAAUGGAGGUGAUGUAGGCCAAACAAAGAAGGAGGUAAGAACAGAGGGAGAUCAGUUCCCCAAAGGCAGCCCUGAUCAUAUCCAAUGGACAGCUGGCACACUUUCUCACUUGAUGAAGGUUACUGGUCCUGCAAUUUCCUUUUUCCUGUGCUCUCCUGCCUGUGUGGAUAUCAUGAGAAAGAAUGUGUUGAGCAGAGACAGAUAGGUUCAGUCACUAAGCACUCUUUUCUCUUAAAGCAGUACUAGGUACGUAAGCUCUUAAAUAUGCCUUAAAUUAAACCUUGCUUUUAUGUAGCCUUGUCUUUGGCAGAAGGUGGUGGAGAAGCAGAAAAAAGAAGAGGUUGUGUUGAUUCAAGGUAAAGCCCUACUGAGCACUUAUAUUUUG